AUGUACUCAGAGUUCAUGAAUGAAUAUGUAUCAUUAGGGCACAUGUCUAAUAUAAAAGCAGUAGAUUUCUCGAAGCCACACUAUUUCAUACCACACCACUGCGUUUUAAGGCCUCAAAGUCUCACAACAAAGCUUCGAGUCGUGUUUGAUGCUUCAGCAAAGACUUGCUCUAAGUAUUCUCUAAACGACACACUUAUGGUUGGACCGACUAUUCAACAAGAUUUAAUAACUACGCUCAUGGCAUUUCGAUUACAUAAGUAUGCAUUGACAGCGGACAUUGCAAAAAUGUACCGCCAAUUUUUGAUGGACAAACGUGAUAGAUGGUUUCAGUUAGUGUUGUGGCGAGAUAAUCCUCACGCUGAUUUACAGAUUUUUCAAUUAAAUACAGUGACGUAUGGAACAUCAUCCGCUCCGUUUCUGGCUAUUCGAUCGCUCUUUCACAUUGCAGACAUGCAUAUUCAUAAAUUUCCAAUUGGUGCUUCUACGUUAAAAACAGAUCUCUAUGUUGAUGAUCUUCUCACCGGCGCUAAUACUAUUACUGAAUUACUAAACAAAAAAAUAGAAAUUACAAAUUUACUAUCAAAGGCUGGAUUACAACUCGCAAAAUGGAGUUCUAAUUGCGACAAAGUAGUGUCGAGCAGUGAUGAAAGUUUCAAUAUCAAAUCUAGCGCAGAUCCCAUCACGAAGGCUUUAGGCAUGGUUUGGAAACCAAAAAGUGAUUUAUUCUGUUUUCAAUACGAAAUUCCGACUCAUGACAUUCAUACAAAGCGAUCGGUUCUAUCAACUGUGGCUAAAAUUUUUGAUUUAUUGGGACUUUUAAGUCCAAUUAUCGUACGAUGUAAAAUUCUAAUUCAGGAAAUUUGGAUACAAAAUUUGAGUUGGGAUGAAACUCUGCCUCCAAAGUUACUAACAUCAUGGUUAAACAUAAGAGAUGAUUUAUACUUUUUAAAUUCUAUUAAUGUACCUCGUUAUGUUUUUACUGACAGUGAAAUUAAGAGUGAAGUUCACGGAUUUUCCGAUGCUUCACAGCGUGCCUACGGUUGUUGCAUUUAUAUACGUACAAGAUUGAAUGAUACAUGGAAUGUAACUCUUUUAAUUGCUAAAUCAAAGGUAGCGCCGAUUAAGGCACAAUCCCUACCGAGACUUGAACUGUGUGCAGCCCUCUUAUUAAGUAGAACAUGGAAUAAAGUCAUGUCCAAGGUUGAACAAUUCGUGAAUUCAGUAUAUUUUUGGACAGAUUCUGAGGUGGUUUUACAGUGGCUACAAAUGCAUUCAUCUUCUCUUAAUUGUUUUGUAGCAAAUCGUACAUCAGAAAUUCAAGAAAUGACCAAAAACAUCAAAUGGCAUCACGUACCAUCUAAAGACAAUCCUGCAGACAUUGUUUCUCGCGGUUGUAAUGCUGAAGAAUUACCUAAAACAAUAUGGUUCAGCGGACCUGCAUUUUUGUAUUUACAUACAGAUCAAUGGCCAUCACGUAAAAUUGGUGAUAUUAAAGCACAUCCAAUAGAACUACGCAAAACACUCACAUUAAAGUGCAGAAAGAUUGAUAAUGAGAACUCAAUACUUUUAGAGAUAAUACACAAUAAUUCAUCUUACUAUAGAAUUUUACGUAUAUGUACUUAUAUUUUUCGAAUGUUUAACAAAGAAUGCCCUGACAAACAAUUAAAGCUAACUGAUAUCAUGCACAUAUCAUCAAAGGAAUUAGACAUCACCUUUUGGAAAAUCAUUGCUGAAAUACAACGUGUAACCUAUUCACAUGAGAUUAAUUUAUUGGAACGUGGUAAGACCAUAAGCAAUAACUUACAAAAACUUUCUCCGUUCCUACAUACAAAUGUGAAAGGCAACAAUGAGAUAAAAAUUCUUCGAGUUGGUGGAAGACUACUAAACGCAGAAAUUCCCUUUGAUGCUAAAUUUCCAGCGUUGGUUCCGAAACAUGAUCGAUUUGUGCAGCUUUAUAUUGACUUUCUACACAAAGAAAAUUUACAUGCUGGACCAAAGGCAUGUCAUAUCGAAGUAGUCACCGAAUUAUCAACUAAUGCAUUUCUUCUUUGUCUCAAAAGAUUUAUUGCUAGAAGAGGUGUUCCACAACGGCUAUAUUGCGAUAAUGCAACAAAUUUUGUUGGCGCACAGAAGAAAUUAAGAGAUUUUGCUAGUAAAUUUUUUCAGCAGAAGUCAAUUAAUGAAAUAAUGACUUUCUGCGGUAAGUCUAAUUUCGAAUUUUGUUUUAUUCCUCCUAGAGCUCCACACUUCGGUGGCCUUUGGGAGGCUGCUGUCAAAUCAACCAAACUACUAUUGGUGAAAAAUGUUGCUGAAGCUAAUCUAACGUUAGAAGAGUUUAAUACACUAAUAAUUGAAAUAGAAGCAAUAUUAAAUUCUCGGCCUAUUUGCGCAAACUCUGAUGAUCCCAACGACGGAGAAGCCUUAACUCCAGCACAUUUGUUAAUAGAAACUCGUUUAAAUAGUCUCAAAAUUCAUUCGCGUGAAAUUAAUUUGAUUCGCUGCAUUAAUUUGCGUAAAAUAGCUAAACUUAUACCGGGAGCUUCUAGUACAGAAGUUAAAGGUGUUUGCAUAGAAGCUAGUAUGUACGCAAUGCGUGAGCGUCAUGCGCAUGUUACUCAAGAAGAUUUUGAAAUGGCUGUCGCUAAAGUUAUGCAGAAGGAUUCAGAGAAGAACAUGUCAAUUAAGAAAUUAUGGAAGUAA